UAACUGAAGCUUAUUUAGUUAUAGGGAUAUUUCUUACGUUACUAUUUUAGUGUUUACGUGUACAGGUGUACGUUUGUUAGGAAACAUUAUGUAAAGAAUAGUUCCUGAAACAUGGAGUUUCCCCCAAUCAAAGAGGUCAAAGUUUAAAGGUCGAAGGGAGGAGCUCACCCAAUUGAAAGAUGGCGGAUAAAGAGAAGAAGAAGAAGGAGAGCAUAUUUGAUUUGUCAAAGUACAUCGACAAGACCAUCCGUGUGAAGUUCCAGGGUGGACGAGAAGCCAGUGGCAUCCUGAAAGGGUUCGAUCCGCUCUUGAACCUGGUAUUGGACGGCACUAUAGAGUACAUGAGAGACCCCGAUGAUCAGUACAAGCUGACGGAGGACACCAGGCAGCUGGGAUUGGUGGUGUGCCGGGGAACAUCUGUGGUCCUCAUUUGCCCCCAAGACGGCAUGGAGGCCAUUCCCAAUCCUUUCAUCCAGCAGCAGGACGGCUAGAGGGGUACCCUGCUCCCCUUUCCUCUCCAAUACCUGUGCACAAACCUUUCUGUACCCCCAAAGCGACAUCAUUGUUGUGGCCUCAGGAGAAGUAGUUAAAGCUUGCAAGUUUCCAUGCAGUCUCUUAAACACCCUGCAGGUGGUGGUUACCCCCCGUCUUUUCCUGAUCUCGUCUAUCUCCCUCUGAUAAAAUGUCAUCUCUCUGUACCAGGGAUUCCCAAUCCUAGUGCUGGUGUGUCCAGUGUCUUCUGACAUUUCAUCAAUUUGGGCUUGCUGCUUCUUAAUGGAUCCCUUAUCUAGGCUAGUUAUUAGAUGGAUUAUAGAGCAUUUGUGCAGAAUUAUGACACUGGAGAUCUAAUGCUAAUUACAUUUUCUUAACUUCUAAUUGGAACAUCUUGGCAACUUAAAAUUAGCAAAUGUAGUCCAUUUAAGGGUUUAAGUAGAAAACCGGAGAAGAAACUGUUGGAGACGGGUCACCAAGAUUGAGAUUUGGAAGCCCAGGUCUGAGCUUCUCUGAAACCUUGUGUUAAGGCUUUGCCUCUGUGCACUAGAAGACACGGUGAAGAGGGGAAUGUGUGAUCAGAUGACAGAAUCAUGCUUUUCUGUGACUGCUGAAUAAUGUUUCAAAUGUCGCUCUUCGGUGACUCCUAUGGCAAUCUUCAGUUUUCCUUUUUUUAAUUUACAAAUGAAAUUGACUUCCUGAAAUUGGAGCCUGCAUGGCGAUGGAUGGAGAUGGGGAAAGGAGGGUGUCGCAGAUAAAUGUAAAUAAACCAACUAGUUUACAUGCUUAUUUUUAUUUGGUUUAUAAGUGCAGAGAGAAACGCCACUCUUCUGAAUGCACUUACUUUUGUUUUUGUUAUUUUCAGUGUGGUGAACAGUUAUUCGGAGAGAUUUCACUUGUGUUGUCUGUACUUGGGAUAUGUUGACAACAGCCUGUGGGGUUAAUUGAUUUUCUGAUUUGAAAACUUUAAGAUGUACAUUGUACAGACUUUAAAAACACAUUCUCUUUUUUUAAUCGAUACACCGGAGUGUGCUUGGUUUGAUGUUUUUUAGCCGUUUAAGUUUAUUUUAAUGCUCUAAGAUGAAACAGGGCUGUUCAAUAAAUGAUCAUUUUUCAUAAAA